UCUGAUAUCGGUUGGUGAUAAUAAUCGUAUUUUUCAAGAUUGAUAUACUUCAGGAUUCUGUAAUAUAGUACAGUACUCGCAGAUCCUAUGCUAUAAGGUACUCGUGCCGAGACAGUUUGCUCCUGUAGUGUUUGUGUUUGUUUAGGAAAUAGAAAUGGAUUGCCUAUUAGAUAAAGUCAGAGGCCAUGCUAGGGCAGGCAGCGGUAAUCAGGAAUUCUUCGAGGCUACCAAGAAAGAAGCACUGUCUCUUCUGCAAAAAGAACUGGAGAAGCUGGAAGAUGCCUGUCCCAAAGUCAAGAAACCGGACCUCUCCAAGAACUUCCGCGGUUUCGCUCAACUCUAUUCCAGAUUCCUGGAAGAAACCGGACCUUCGGUCAACUGGGAAAAGAUCGAAAAAUUGCCCAACGAUGCCGUUAGAGACUACAACACUUUAAACACGCCAACAACCGACAUAGCGCACGAAAUGUUGAACAAAUUGGUCGUUGUUAAGCUGAACGGUGGCUUGGGGACAUCUAUGGGUUGCCACGGCCCCAAAUCUGUGAUUGCCGUUCGAAACGAGUUAACUUUCUUGGAUUUGACCGUACAGCAGAUCGAGCACCUGAAUAAAACCUACAAAGUCAACGUACCUUUGGUACUCAUGAAUUCUUUCAAUACCGAUGAAGAUACUCAAAAAAUCAUAAGGAAAUACAAGAAUCUUCAAGUGGAAAUCCACACAUUCAAUCAGUCUUGCUUCCCUAGGAUCAACAGAGAAAGCUUGAUGCCAAUAGCAAACUCUCCAGACACUCAGGCCAAUUUGGAAGCUUGGUAUCCUCCAGGGCACGGUGACUUCUAUCAGAGCUUCGAGAACAGCGGUCUCCUCUCCAAAUUCAUCAGCGAGGGUCGUCAAUACUGUUUCCUCUCCAACAUUGACAACUUGGGGGCUACGGUCGAUCUAAACAUCUUGAAUUUCCUGUUGAACAACCCCGCAGAGAGUCGACAACACGAGUUUGUAAUGGAGGUCACAGAGAAGACCAAGGCUGACGUCAAGGGAGGUACCCUCAUUCAGUACGAGAACAAACUGCGGCUUCUGGAAAUAGCGCAAGUACCCAAAGAUCACGUGGACGAGUUCAAGUCUGUCAAAAAGUUCAGGUACUUCAACACGAACAAUUUAUGGGUGAAGUUGGAUGCCAUUGACAGGGUCCUCAAACAAAACAUCCUCGACAUGGAAAUAAUCAUAAACAACAAGCAUCUCGAUAAUGGAUUGAACAUCAUCCAGCUAGAAACUGCCGUGGGUGCGGCAAUGAAGAUAUUCGAAGGUGGUAUUGGCAUAAACGUGCCACGUAGCCGGUUCUUGCCCGUCAAAAAGACCUCGGACUUGCUUUUGGUCAUGAGCAACCUGUACAAUCUGAAGAACGGCUCGUUGACUAUGUCUUCACAAAGAAUGUUCCCCACAACGCCUCUGGUCAAGUUGGGAGAUGAUCACUUCGCCAAAGUUAAGGAGUUCCUUGGGAGGUUUUCCAAUGUUCCUGAUUUGAUUGAGCUGGACCACUUGACGGUAUCUGGCGAUGUGACGUUUGGCAAGGGUGUAAUUUUGAAGGGAACAGUCAUCAUAAUUGCGAACCAUGGUGAAAGAAUAGAUAUUCCAUCUGGAGCAAAUUUAGAAAAUAAAAUUAUUACAGGCAAUCUACGUAUCUUGAGUCACUAGUUUUUUCGAUAAAAUUGUUAUUAUAAUUUUUUGUUUUGUCCAUUCUGAUAUUUUGGAGUAUAUUGCGUAAUCUUUAUAUAUGUAUAGUUAUAUAGAAGAUUCUCAAAUUUGUUACAUUUUAUCUAUACAUUUGUUACAAUAAAAUUUACUGAAAUA